CGCUGGCUCCGGGGGGAAGAUGGCGGCGUCCUCGCUGGAGCAGAAGCUGUCCCGCCUGGAGGCCAAGCUGAAGCAGGAGAACCGGGAGGCCCGGCGGAAGAUCGACCUGAACCUGGAGAUCAGCCCAGCCCGGGCCCGGCCCAUUAUUGUGAUCACUCUAAGCCCUGCUCCCGCUCCGUCCCAACGAGCAGCCCUGCAGCUCCCCCUGGCGAACGAUGGCAGCAGCCGCUCCUCUUCCUCGGAGAACUCUCCCCAGCAUCAAACGCACCAGCCGCGCCGCCCCCUGCUGGGCCUGCCCCAGCCGUCCUUCCCCAUCCCCAGGAGCAUGGAGAGUAUAGAGAUAGACCAGAAGCUGCAGGAAAUCAUGAAGCAAACGGGUUACCUGACCAUAGGAGGGCAGCGAUACCAAGCAGAGAUCAAUGACCUGGAGAACCUGGGCGAGAUCGGCAGCGGGACGUGCGGUCAGGUGUGGAAGAUGCGGUUCAAGAAAACGGGACACAUCAUAGCCGUGAAGCAAAUGCGCCGCUCAGGUAACAAGGAGGAGAACAAGAGGAUCCUGAUGGACCUGGAUGUGGUGUUGAAAAGCCACGACUGCCCCUACAUUGUCCAGUGCUUCGGGACCUUCAUCACCAAUACAGACGUCUUCAUUGCCAUGGAGCUGAUGGGCACAUGUGCGGAGAAGCUCAAGAAACGCAUCCAGGGGCCCAUCCCCGAGAGGAUCCUGGGGAAGAUGACGGUGGCGAUCGUCAAGGCGCUCUACUACCUGAAGGAGAAGCACGGCGUCAUCCACCGGGACGUCAAACCCUCCAACAUUCUGCUAGACGAGAGAGGGCAGAUCAAGCUGUGUGACUUCGGGAUCAGCGGGAGGCUGGUGGACUCGAAGGCCAAGACCCGGAGUGCGGGCUGCGCGGCGUACAUGGCGCCUGAAAGGAUAGACCCUCCUGAUCCCACCAAACCAGACUACGAUAUCCGAGCGGAUGUAUGGAGCCUGGGCAUCUCGCUGGUCGAAUUGGCUACCGGUCAGUUUCCCUACAAGAACUGUAAAACGGACUUUGAGGUGCUCACCAAGGUCUUGCAGGAAGAUCCUCCCCUGCUCCCAAACAACAUGAGCUUCUCCGUGGACUUUCAGUCCUUCGUUAAAGACUGCCUUACUAAAGAUCACAGGAAGAGACCAAAGUACAACAAGCUACUUGAACACAACUUCAUCAAGCGUUACGAGACACUGGAAGUGGACGUGGCGUCUUGGUUCAAAGACGUCAUGGCCAAGACAGAGUCGCCCCGCACGAGCAGCAUCCUCAGCCAGCACCACCUGCCUUUCUUCACCAGGACCAGCUCCCCCAUCCCCCCGUCAGAUCGGGGAACCCCGCACACCGGGACCGCGGGGGAUGGCGGCAGCUUGGAGCCUGAUCCUCCUGCUGCUGCUGCUGUGGGGCCAGUCAGCAGCCGCCCGGCACUGGGCCCUGUGCCGGCCCGGCCUGCUGUCCGCUCGCCACCCUGUGCUGGGCUUCUGGGAGCAGAUCCGUGCAGGCUCGGGCUGCGCCAGCCGGGGGCGCUCAGCCUCGGGCCGGGAGGUGCAUGUACUCAUCCUACGGGGCCCAGUGGGGAGAAUGGGGGCCAGACAGGUGAGCCUAGAACUGGGCCCAGCCCCCCCUGGCAGAGCCCCCAUCUUCGUGCUCAGCUCCCCGGCGCCCGUGGUCUGGAGCCUCCAAACAGCCCAGGUGGCUCUUGGGGAGCAAUGGACCUUCCAGAUGGGGUCUCGCCAGGCGUCUGCAAACUUCGCAGGAACUUCCUCUCCCCGACCCACUUUGCCUCCGGCCUCCGACCACGGCCCCUGUGGGGCUGCCUGACCUCUGACCCCCCUUCAGACCCUGAAGUUCAUGUCAUCCUCUCCAAAGGAGCCAGGCCCCGGCCCCCAGCCCAUCUCACUGUGGAGCUCCAAGCGCCCGGAGGCUGCUGCUCCCCCCGGCGGGAGCUGAUCGUGGUGCUGAAGAGUGAGGCGGCCACCAGCUGGCUGGUCCGAAUCCCCCACCUGGCCGGGCGCCUGCGAGUCCUGGCAUCCCACGAGGUCUCGGUCAGCGGCACAGAACCAGAACCGGACCUGGCUGUGAGCAGCAGCAUGUCCCUGGGCCUGGCCUAUGCCAGUGACCCCAUGGCCUGGGCAAUGGAGCAGGGACUGCCUGGGGUCACAUCUUACACAGAGGCCGAGCAGGUGAACAGGUUCCUGGUCAUUCUAGGGCUAGAUGGGGACGCCAAGGCCCCCCACCCCUCCAUCCCGCUCCCCAGACCCGCCAAGAUCUCCCCCAUGGUCUGGGAGAGAAGCCGGGCAGCCCCAGGAGGUGGGAGAACUGUGAGGCUGGCGGGAGCUCUGUCUGUGGCGUGUCUGAGCGAGAGGGUGGCCAUUUAUGUCAACAAGGACAUGCUCCAGGCUGCCAGACUCUCCCCAGCCCGAGUGACCCUGCGGGACCCCAGCUGUGCAGCCCAGUCCAAUGGCACCCACUUCCUGCUGGAGUCCCCCCUGGCCGGCUGCGGCGCCCUGCGCAUCCCGGCCCUGGACCCCACCUCGGGCGUCGGGCGGUACCAGAACGCGGUGGUGCUCUGGGGCAGCGGGCCAGGGGCAGCGCCCGGGGGUCCCCCGCUCCCGGUGGGACAGGCUGAAGAUAGCUCGGAGUCCAUUGAGUUCUCCUGCUCCUCCCCAGCCCUGAGUGAGCCAUCCCGCUCUGCUGAACCCAUCCCGGAUCUGCCCCUCCACCUGGGCCGUGUCUUGCUCAGCCUGGAGGUCUACAGCUCCGAGGCUUUCGCCAAGGCCCAGGGACCCUGCACGGUGCCGGCCAACAGCCGCGUCUUUGUGGAAGUAACUGGCGGGGAGGCACCAUCCAGCCCCAUGGCACUGGGAUCCCCCUCCCCUCUGCCCCAGCAAGCCUGGGGCUUUGCCCAGGGCCACAUCACCUACGGGAGGGCACAUCUCUGAGGGGCUGCGCUAGCCAGGUUCCCCCCCCCCCACCAGGCUGGUUAACCUGCUGGAGCUGUGGGGUCCUGUCCCCCAGGCCUCUUCAAAACCCACAGGGGGAUUGAUCCAGGCUCUGGGGCAGGAGCUGUAGAGAAAAUUACAGUAUUAACCUGGCAGGAGGUGAGAUUGGUGGUGUUAGAGCAGGGGGCAGGACUCCUGGGUUCUAUCCCCAGUUCUGGGAGGGGAGCAGGAUCAGGGAUUAGAAUGGGGGUGGGUAACAGGACUCCUGGGUUCUAUCCCCAGUUCUGGGAGGGGAGCAGGAUCAGGGAUUAGAACGGGUGUG